AAUAAUUGUUAAUUAUUGAAUUCAAUUUUACAAUGAACAAUUCUUCGGCCCCCGUCUAUUAUAGUGCGGAGACAGUCCGACGGUUCCUCACCUGGCCGCUGGUCAACGAGGCAGUCGAGUCGGCCCUGAAGGCAGUGGUGAACAUAGAGAAUCGUCCACCCAAUGCGGCAUUUGUGAACCAGCCAAAGAGGACCUUCACCGUGUGCAACGAGCCGGGCCAAGUCCUGCUCACGAUGCCCGCCUUUGUUGGCAACUUCACGCAGACCUCCGAUGGCAGUGGCGGAGAUGCCGCCAACAUUCCACGCUCGACAUUGGCCUGCAAGGUGGUUUCCUCGUUCAGUUCCAAUCCCCAACGUCAGCCGCCGCUGCCCAGCAUAAGUGCAAACAUCUUGCUAUUCAGCGUCGAGACUGGUGAACUGACCGCCAUUAUGGCUGGCACAGACAUAACCACCUGGCGCACAGUGGCCGCCUCCCUGGUGGCCACCAAGCACCUCUACUUUCGCCGCUUCGGCCCCCGAGCCGAGCACGAUCGUGAAAUAACGGUGGCUAUCAUUGGUUGCGGAGUCCAGGGCAAAAUGCACGCAUCCGCGUUUUGUGCCAUGUUCAAGGUGAAGCAGCUGAAUCUAUAUAAUCGCACCACUGCCAAGGCCGAGCAGCUAAAGCAGACGCUUGGUUCCGUCGCACAGACCAAAAUAAGUGUAUGCAGCAGUCCCGGGGAGGCUGUGCAAGGCGCAGACGUCAUUUGCAUUGCCACCUACUCGCCGGAGCCGCUGGUCUUUGCAUCAGAUCUGCGCGAAGGGGUAUCUGUCCAUAUUAAUGCUGUGGGCGCUGGGGAAGUUCACUACUCGGAGGUGGCGCCAAAUGUAUACGAACUGGCCCAGGUCUAUGUGGAUUGCUUUGCCAAUGCCGAAAGCGAGCUGAUUGGCCUGCCCGCGCCCAUUGCCGGCGAACUGGGCUCUGUCAUCGCUGGUGGGCAAUACCCCGCAGCGUCAGCAGUCACCAUCUUCCAGUCCAUGGGAAUGGCUUCAGAGGAUGCUUGUGUGGCGCAGGCCGUGCAGGACGCAAUCCUCUCCAGCGUCAAGUAAUACAGUCGAUCGUCUCUUAAAGGCCCCAAAACCUGUGAUAUAAAAUGACAGAGGAGAUGAGAAGCUGCUUAUGUUGAGGCAUUUAUGGCAACAAAUAAAUAUUCCAUGUAUACAUAUAUGUACAUAUAAAAUCAAUUGGAAACGUAAC